AUGCUUAUCACGCGCGGAAUCUCGCUUGUAAACUUCGCGGUUGCGUCGUCCGCCCUCGCCUUCCAGGUCUUCGUCCUAUAUCCGUGGCACAACCAGCUAGAUGACGAGUUCAAGAAGUUGAAGGAGGAACACGUCCGGGUUCUGAGCAAGUUCGACCGCAAAGCCAUCGCUCAAUAA